UUUACUUUUUAUCCUAAAAGAGAGCGACGUGUUUAUCGCUAAAACAUAGCCACCAUCAAAAUAUACAUAAACAGUCGCCAGUGAGAAAGGUCUUUGCUGUUAAACUUGUUCACGUGACCUUGUUGUGUUGCCUCAGGCCACCGCUUUGCCAACUGACCAUCCACACGCGUUGACCACUUGGGGACACACAACUGGACAUCAUCCGGAAUUAAUAUGUAAACAACAAUGGAAAUAGAAGGAUGUCACUUCACAAUCGUGUAACUUAUCAUAGAAAUUAUCCCGUCUGAAAGCAGCUGAAGUUCGAAAGCUAAAAUGGCGACAUCAAUGAAGAAAGUGACGAUCUGGGUUGUGCCCCUUUACAUGGUAGCCAUGGUGAUGUCGAGUGAGGUCUGUAACCAAGGUGUUAACUGUUUCUUACCGGAUUGUUUCUGUGGCGGCACAGUUGACCCUGGGACCUUUGCGAAAUCAUCUGAUAUUCCCCAGAUGGUUCUUUUCUCUUUUGACGACGCUGUUACCGGUGACAUAAAGGACAUGUAUGAUAAACUAUUUGCUCCAAAUAGGCUUAACCCGCAUGGCUGUCCCAUAAGCAUGACCAUGUUUGUAUCCCAUAACUUCACCAACUACGAUCAUGUGCGCGACCUCUAUCGGCGGGGAAUGGAGGUUGCAGUACACAGUGUCACGCAUAGAGUACCAAUCACCUACUGGAAACUCGCUACUUAUGAUACGCUUAGUUUCGAGAUUAUCCAGCAAAGGAAAUAUUUGUCAGAGAAGUCUGGUAUACCUUUGAAAGACAUCAGGGGUUGGCGUAGCCCAUUCCUGCAGCCUUCGGGAGAUCAACAGUUCUCCAUCCUUAAAGAAGAGAAUUUCGAGUACGAUUCAACCUUUACUGUUUCAACAAAGGAUGGAAACAACAGUAGAGUCUGGCCUAGCACGCUUGACUUUGGCUGGAAUUAUGAAUGUAACAUUCCUCCAUGUCCUCGAGGGAAGUACAAGGGAUUCUGGGAACUCCCUGUACAGAUGCUGGAGAACCCAGCAGGGAAGUUCGGGUGUCUCUACACUGACUCGUGCAGACCAGGGACCAUUGACGAGACGUUCCAACUGUUCUGGGCUAACUUCCACAGUCACUACACGACAACUCGGUCCCCUCUAUUCUUCACAAUGCAUCCUGCGUGGUUGAUAGAAGAGAAGAACUUCCAGGCGUUGGACUACUUCCUGUUGACUUUGCUACAUUACUAUGAUGACGUGUAUUUCAUAAAUUAUCAGCAACUGUUACAGUGGAUGAAACGCCCUCAGAAACUCCAAAACAUAUCUGACUUUGCACCCUGGGAUUGUGAAUGGGUUGGAGAUGAUACAUGGUUGUCCCCUAAAGCAGACGACAGGACAAACAAAGGCGGGAAUAUUAUUCCACCCGGAAUAUACAUCAUGCUUCUCUUUGCUUCAUGUGCAUUUUUUAUGAUCAAGUUGGUCCAAUAGAGCAUAGAAAUUCAGGCAUAUUUGGAGACAAAAUUCUGAUUAUGGUGCAGUUAUCUGGGGAUGCUAAACUUCUAUUCAUACAGUCAAUGUGAAAGGUAUUAGACAUUUGAUAAUAUCCAUGGUUACAGGAUGUAUACCCUGAUUAGCCUCGCACUGUUUUAAGCUUCGUCGCGAGCAUGCGCAUUUACGUUGAUGUUCGUUUUGGUAUGAAGUCAAAACAUUCAAAGUGCAUAGUUUCUGAAUAAUUAUGGAAAUAGCAAUAAAGUCCUCCGUAUACACUAAGACUGGAGGAAACCAUGAAUCAGAUCGUUUUGACUGGGAAUAUGGUUACAGGAAUCAAAUCAAUUUGACUUGUGCAUAUAUUCAGAACAAAUACAGGUUCCGUUAACAAUUAGAUGGCAUUUACAUCGGCAAAGUACAAUUUUCUCGUCCUGAUUGGCGGAUCUUAAAUUCAGAAUACAUAAUGUAGCGAAAUGCAAUUGUGGUUUCCAAUAAUAUUGACAAGUCAUUUUCGCAUACUCAUUAACCGAAUUUCUGGUUGUUAAACAGUUAAUAUUGCGCCAGCUUAUUGACUGAAAGGUCUUUGUAAGCUUGUGUCAUUUUCCUUUGUAUCCUGUGUAUUAAUGAGGCACUUAUGUAAAUAAGGCAUUGGAAAUACGGGCACAAAACAAGUAAAACACCUAUAUACAACAUGGGAAUCACAUAUUGAUCUUUUUCAGUUUUAUCCUAUACGGGAUACCCCGUCUGUCAGGGAAAGGUAUUUUAAUAACUGAAAGAACAUAAAUAAAUGAGACAGAUUCGUGACAGCGAUUGAUGUGUUUAUUUAUAUUCGUAUAAAACUAUAGAUCGCACUUCUGUGUCCUUCAUUCUGGCAGAAUUUGUAUUGACACUGUCUUCUAGGCCACAUAUGGAAAUAUCGGCAUGUAUUUCAACAUUGUGUAACAUUCUUGGUAUUGAAUAGUUCUCAGUUUAAACAAAAGAAACUGUUAAACAUCAGAUGCCUGUGGACGAAUGUUGUUAAGUGCAAUAAUCUGAUGACGUCAUAUAGUAAUAGUUCGCACCUAGAUACAUGUAUUAAACAAACCAUACCUGAUAUGCAUUGUACCCAAAGGCACUUUCUGUGAAUCAGAAAAGCUACAAUGAAAAAAGUCAACGCUCUUUUAUUCAGCGGGAAGUGCCUAUGGUACAAUGCACCAGAAACUAGUGUACUUCAUGUAUCACUGCAGGCGACAAGGUAAUGCGCAGAAAGAAUUUCCCUUUUUACUGAAGCUUGGAAAAAUGUAAAGUCAUCCUUUCAAUAUUGGACAAAUGGCAGUGUUAUACUAAAUAUUAGAAAUUUGCCAAUGCAUUUAGAUAUUUUUGGAUUCUUUUGUGUUAAACUAUUAAACUAUAACUAACUCCACCUUGAUUAUGAAAAGUUCAAAAAGAUUUAUUAAGACGUAGAGUUUGUAUUUGUAUAAUCAUAGGAAAACAUUAAAACGUAGACAACGUGCUUGAUACAUCUCAUUUCAACCUGCAAUUACCAAACACAACUUUUAUGUCUCGAUAUUGAGAAGUAAAGGUUGUUUGGUAAAUGCAGGCAAAAUUGAGACGUAAAAUUUGUGUUUAGCAAUGACGGGUAAAAUUGAGACGUAAACGUCGUAUUUGAUAAUAAAUGGUAAAAUGAGAGGUAGAAGUUUGUAUUUGGUAACUGCAGGUAAAAUUGGGACUAAGAAGUCGUAUGUGGUAAUUACAAGGUAAACAUGAAGUAUACGUGAGAAUAGCGUUUCGCUGUAACGAUUUGAGACUUGUUCUAUUUGUUCUUUUUUUGGUAUGCGUGUAGUUGCCAUCAAAUAAGUGCUAUGUUGUUUUUGUACAUUCUAAUGAUGUAUGGUAAACUUUUAUUGUGUUGCAACAUAUAACUUCGUACAUUAUAUAUAAUAAAGAUGUACAGUAUGAUACAGUCUUUUGUAAUUUAUCAUUUCGUACAAGGUGUCAUUUAUAUAAUGUAUUUUUCGACCAUUUUGUUCAGUAUAUAUAUAGCGUUAAAAUGUAAUAAUAUUGCAUAGUAAAAUCGGUGAUUUUGUUCAGUAAAUCUAUUUACAUUAUAAUAGAAUAUUGCAAGA